AUGUCAAGCAUCUCUGAGAUCACGUCGGACGCUCAAUGGGAGCAGCUACUGGCUUCCGCGCCCGCGUCGGCGCUCGUCAUCGUCUCCUUCCACGCUCCAUGGGCCGCCCCGUGUGCCCAGAUGGCUACGGUCCUCGAGACGCUGGCCUCCGAAUACCCUCUUACCGAGCCGCCAAGCACCCUUUGGACAUCUGUCAACGCGGAGGAAUUAAGCGACGUUAGCGAAACCUACGACGUCACUGCCGUUCCCUUCCUGGUCCUCCUCCGUAACGGCCAGGUCGUCGAGAGUGUUAGCGGCAGCAAUGCCGUCAAGGUCAGGGCCGCCAUCGAGAAGCACGCCCGUGGCGACACGAAUACUUCGUCGCAUACCGGCGUGACCAAUGGGGUUCAGAAAACCAGCGACCAGACUUCGCAGACGGAUGUGGAUCCCGAGAAGCAAGAUGAGGAUCUUCAAAAGCGCUUGGGGGAUCUCGUCAAGGCGGCACCAGUCAUGCUAUUCAUGAAGGGAACCCCAGGCUCCCCGCAAUGCGGCUUCUCGCGACAGGUGGUGGCAAUUCUGCGAGAAAACUCGGUCAAGUACGGAUUCUUCAACAUCCUGGCCGAUGACGAGGUUCGCCAGGGACUCAAGGAGUUUGCCGAGUGGCCAACCUAUCCGCAGCUCUGGAUCGACGGCGAGCUCGUUGGCGGGCUGGACAUUGUCAAGGAGGAGCUCGCGAGCGAUGCAGACUUCUUCAAGGCCUACAGUGUCGGAGACUCGGCAGCGGCGUGA